GAUCGUGAUGCCCGCCGUGCGCACCGGGACCUAAGCGGCUGCGCGCGACCAUCGCGCCCCCCUCCAUGCUCCUCGGAACCUCCCGGCGGUGCAUGUCCAAGGCGGCCGCCGCCGCUGCUGCUGCGCAGAGCCGGGGUGACGACUGCAGGCCUGGGGAGCGGCGGCGGUUGAGGCAGGUGGCUGCCCCUGCGGCCAGCGACGACGCCAUGGACGAGUCGUCGCUCCUGGACUUGCUGGAGUGCUCCGUGUGCCUGGAGCGCUUGGACACCACGGCCAAGGUGCUGCCUUGCCAACACACCUUCUGCCGCCGUUGUCUGGAGAGCAUCGUGUGUUCGCGCCACGAGCUACGCUGCCCCGAGUGCCGCAUCCUGGUGGGCUGCGGAGUGGACGAGCUGCCCGCCAACAUCCUCCUGGUGCGCCUGCUGGACGGCAUCCGCCAGCGUCCUCGCACGGGUAGCAGUCCCUCGGGCAGCCCUCUGGCGCGCCCAGGGCCCAGCUCUGGGGCAACCUCCGAUGUCGAGGGCAGUCGGGGCAGUAGUGCCCCAGGGUCCCCGCUUUUUCUACCCUCCGCGUCUGCUGUAGGCAGUGCCACCGCCAGCCUGCGCGAGCUGACAACCAGCAAGUCCUCGACCACAACUGCGAAAAAUCCCUCCCAGCUUCCCUACGGCAAAGCCCUCUACAGUUAUGAGGGGAAAGAACCCGGCGACCUCAAGUUCAACAAGGGUGAUGUGAUAAUCCUGAGACGCAGGGUGGAUGAGCACUGGUUCCAUGGAGAGCUGCAUGGAGUACAUGGCUUCCUGCCUGCCAGCUAUGUGCAGUGCCUCCGGCCUUUGCCACAGGCCCUACCCCAGGGCAAAGCACUUUAUGACUUCGAGAUGAAGGACAGAGACCAGGAUAAGGAUUGCUUGACCUUCACUAAGGAUGAAAUUCUGACUGUGAUCAGAAGAGUGGAUGACAACUGGGCAGAAGGGAUGCUGGGGGACAAGAUUGGGAUCUUUCCCCUCCUAUAUGUGGAGCUCAAUGACUCUGCCAAGCAACUUAUAGAAAUGGACAAGCCAUCGUGCCCAGCAGCUGUGUCUGGCUGCCAUGCUUCCUUGACCUCUGACCCUGGUGCUGUGGCCAGUGUGGCCUUGUAUCCCACUUUAAGUAGCACAGGAGCAGUCAGUGCCUUUCAACAGCGUGUGGAUGGCAAGAAGAAUGCCAAGAAACGCCACUCCUUCACUGCACUCAGCGUGACGCAUAGGUCCUCCCAAGCCACCAGCCACAGGCAUUCCAUGGAAAUAAGUGCUCCCGUUUUGAUCAGUUCCAGUGACCCUCGGGCUGCAGCCAGAAUUGGGGACCUUGUUCAUCUUUCAUGCAGUGCUCCCACCCAGGACUGCACCUCCUCAGCUGGACCUGCCCCAAUUACUGAUCAGCAGGGCACAGCCUCCAAAGUCCAGCUGCCUCUUAACGUGUACCUGGCACUGUAUGCUUACAAGCCCCAAAAGAAUGAUGAGCUAGAGCUACGCAAGGGUGAGAUGUACCGUGUCCUUGAGAAGUGUCAGGAUGGUUGGUUUAAGGGCACAUCCCUGAGGACUGGGCUCUCAGGAGUGUUCCCUGGCAACUACGUAACACCUGUCUCUCGGGUUCCCAUAGGAGGGGGUCCUCCCCCCAGAAAUAAUAUGAUUGGAGGGUCUCCACUGGCCAAAGGGAUGACCACAACCAUCCAUCCAGGUGGUGGAAGUCUGAGCAGCCCAGCUACUGCUACCAGGUCCAAUCUGCCCUUCACUGCAACCCCACCCCAGGUUCAGCCUCAGGCUGCCUCUCCCUCAGUGAACACUUGCCUGAGGCACUCAGCUCAGCUGGCAUCCAGCCAAGCCCAGAACACCAUCCCUACAGCUGCCCACGCUUCAGCUCAAGCUCAGGACCGACCAACUGCUACAGUAUCACCCCUGCGGACCCAGAACUCCCCAUCCCGCCUGCCUACCACCAGCCUCAGGCCUCACACUGUGGUUUCCCCACAGCACAUUCAUCAUUCCCUGAUGCAGACAGUGGCUGGGGUGCAGGGUUCCUGGCCGACCAUUCCACUUUCAUCAGCAGCAUCAGCAAUCACCCCACCCAAUGUUAAUGCUGCCAACCUCAAUGGAGAGACUGGAGGAGGUGGUUCAUCAACAUCCAGUCCUACCAACACAGGAUGCAAAGCAGAUGAGAAAAAAAAUGAAAAGAAAGAGAAGAAGAGUGGGCUAUUGAAACUACUGGCUGGGGCAUCAGCUAAGAAGAAAUCACGCUCCCCACCUUCCAUCUCUCCCAUUCAUGACCCCCAUCUGGCUGUGGAUGUCUCUCUCCAAGGUGCAGCAGGGCCAGAAAUAUCAUCACUAUCCAUUUAUGGAAGAGCAGGAUCUUGUCCCAUCGAAAGCGAGAUGCAGGGAGCCAUGGGGCUGGAACCUCUGCACAGAAAGGCUGGCUCCUUGGAUCUGAAUUUCUCUUCAUCUCCUAUCAGGCAAGCACCUCUAUCCAUGGCUGCCAUCUGCCCUGAUCCCAAACCACUGCCCAGGGAAAGGUACCGCGUGGUGGUCUCCUACCCACCCCAAAGCGAGGCAGAAAUCGAGCUGAAGGAAGGGGACAUAGUAUUUGUGCACAAGAAGAGAGAAGACGGCUGGUACAAGGGGACCCUGCAGCGAACUGGUCGCACAGGCCUUUUCCCGGGCAGCUUUGUAGAGAGCUUCUGACGCAUGCUCCACACACCCACUGCCCAGACAAGGGCCUCCUGGGAAGCCCCCAAGUCAGGGACCAGGCACUGGCCUCAUCACAGGUCUAGAUGAGGAAAGAGCUCCAGGGUGUGAAAGUCAUACCUUUGCCUCAAAGCUAAUUGAGAACUUGCCC